UAAUUGUUAAUUAAUUUUCAGAAGUUAGUUAUCUGUUUCUCUUACCAUCACCGAUGUUAAGUAGGUGACAAGAUGAGUAAAAAAUGCGCCAAGUGUGAUAAGACGGUUUAUCCAGUGGAGGAAUUGAAAUGUUUGGAGAAGGUUUGGCACAAGACGUGCUUCAAGUGUCAGGUCUGCAACAUGACCUUGAACAUGAAGAACUAUAAAGGGUUUGACAAGCUACCAUACUGUGGGGCACAUGUACCCAAGGCGAAGGCCACAGUUGUGGCGGAUACGCCAGAAAAUAAACGCCUGGCGGAGAACAGCAAAGUUCAGUCAAAUGUCAAGUAUCAUGCAGAGUUUGAGGCAACAAAAGGAAAGUUUACACAGAUCGCUGAUGACCCUGAGACCUUGAGAAUCAAAGCAAACUCCGACGUCAUCAGCAACAUCACUUACCACGACGUCAAGGGGCACAGGGAGGAUAUGGAGAAGAAACGAAGUCUCCAGGGAGGGGGGGAGAACACAAAAACCUAUCAGUCUGAGUUUGUUGCACCAGAGCCUGUAAAAAAUAUGAAUCACGGUGUGAUCUCUGAGGAUCAUGGACGUAUUUCGAUCGAUCAGGUUCUACCCCAUCAAGAACAAGUUCGACUGCCACAAGAUCAUGGAAGACCGUCGCAGGAUUACGGUAGGGUGUUACAAGAUCAUGGAAGACCGUCGCAGGAUCACGGUAGGGUGUCACAAGAUCAUGGAAGGAUGUCUCAGGAUCAUGGGAGGAUGUCCCAAGAUCACGGCAGAGUGUCGCAAGAUUAUGGAUAUAACUCUGUCCCGCCACCAGCUCGGUCUGCCGCCGGCGGUUUCACAACUACCAACCAGCCCGCCAGUAGAUCUACCCCUGCUAGCAACAGAAAUCAACCGCCACCCUACGCCAACCCACCUCAACAGCAACAUCAACACCAGAUGCAACAACAACAACAACUUAUUCAGCAGCAGCAUAUUCAGCAACAACAGUUACGGCAACAACAGAUGCAACGGCAUCAACUUCAACAGCAACAACUUCAACAACAGCAAAUUCAACAACAGCAGUUACAGCAACAGCAAAUGAGGCAAAUGGCUUAUCAGAAUCCCGCGCAGCCGACCGGAGCAGGAUAUAAUUCUAAACCUUCAUCUUCAUCCCAACAUCCUUCUAGUCACCAAUAUAAUGAUCAAAGAAGAAUCUCUUCAAACACUCAACAGCAACCGCAACAGCAUUCACAUACAGGAGGAGUAGGAGGUCGAGGAGGAGGCCCCCAGCAGCAGCCUCCAUCCUCUAGGCAGGGGAAUAGAUGCUAUCAGGCGAUGUACGACUACGAGGCCCAGGAUAAUGACGAGGUGUCCUUCAAGGACGGGGACAUCAUCGUUAACGCUGUAUUUAUUGACGAAGGUUGGAUGACUGGAACGGUUCAUAGGACCAACCAGUCUGGUAUGCUGCCGGCUAACUACGUUGAGCCGGUCAACCUUUAAAUAUCCGUAAACCAGAAAGCCGCCAAUGAUUGGAAAUCACCGUUCACCUCAGCUAUGGAGUAGGUUUUAAAAACAGAGACACCUGAGUUUUUUUCAGAUUCUGAAAGUAGACUAAGUCUAGACCUAGCAUGUAGAUUUUUAGAAAUCCCUGUCGAGUCCUUUUUGAGAAAAUAUCAUUCAAACUUUGUUGUAAUCUGUAACAAACCUGAGAUGUCUCUGUUAGUUGAAUGCUGAAAUCCACAAUGUGCCGGAAAAUCCGCUAACUUUUUAGAUCCAUAAAUGCGCGAAACUCUAGAAAAUCUCUUAAAAUGCAUUUCUUGUAAAAAUGUAAUUAUUCUUAUACCUAUUCAGGUUGUCCGAAGAAAGAAGCCUAUAUCUUUUUAUAGCAAAAUAGCUACUAGUUUUACAUUAUACAUAAAGUAAAAAUUGUCUCUUGCCAAAUUUAAAUUAUUUAAUGUAUUUACAGAAUGCCCUUUAAUU